GAAAAGGAUAAAGAGGGAAAAAAAAGAUGCGAAAUUAAAUAUGGUAAUUACUUAUGAUAACACAAGCAGGUGGCACAGGGAGUGAGUGAGUGGAAGCUGCAAAGUGAAGUGUGAAAGCAAAAGAAGCAGCAGAGAGCAGAUCGGCGAUGGCGGUUUCCUUACCCAUUCUGGUCAUCCUCAUCGCCCUCCACCUCAUCGCCUUCGUCUUCGCCGUAGGCGCCGAACGACGUCGCAGCGCCGCGAAAGUGGUUCCCGAUGAGUAUGACGACAGAACUUACUGUGUUUACACCACCGAUGCCUCCACAGUGUACGGCCUCUCCGCCUUCUUUCUCCUAUUAAUCAGCCACGCCAUCGUUAACGCCCUCACCAGAUGCCUCUGCUGCGGCAAGGGCCUCGUCUCCGGCGCCCGCUCCACCUGUGCCGUCUUUCUCUUCAUUUUCUCUUGGAUUAGUUUUCUGGGAGCAGAGUCAUGCUUGUUGGCAGGUUCUGCGAGGAACGCAUAUCACACAAAAUACAGAGGGUAUUUUGGGGUAAAUGACUUGUCCUGCGCCACCCUCCGCAAGGGGGUGUUCGCCGCCGGUGCUGCCCUUACUUUGAUCUCCAUGUUGGCCUCCAUUUUGUACUAUUGGGCUCACUCCAAGGCUGAUACUGGUGGCUGGGAGAAGCACCACAAUGAGGGCAUUGUAUUAGCUACCCACCAGCAACAAGGUUCUGACUUUGGCAAGGCCUGAAACUUUGUUUUAUUGCUUUCAUUCACAUCUGAAACAGGGUUAAUUUGCACAAGGGUGCGCUUUUUUCUUUUUUUUUUGUUAGAUAUGGAUAUGGGGGUGUUAGGGUUUAAGGGAAGGAAAAUGUUCUCAGAUCGUUGUCUACUGCUUUUUAAUUUUGGAGAAUAUGUAAUUCAAUAUUUAUGCUGUAUAAUAGGAGAAUGCCUGAAACAAUUUAGCUUGAUGGUGAUAACUAUUGCUGUUCAAUGUUCAUACUUAAUAUAUAUUCUACUAUCUAGUUUGAAAA